AAUUCGCUUCACUUUCUUUCAAAAGUACCGUACAGGAGUUCUUGAAACCGUCGUUUGUGAAGCUAUCCAGGAAGCAUGGCAACCACACCCAAUCCCACACUCAUAUAUUCUCCAAAAUCCUCGAUUCAGUUCACGAAUAUUCAAUUUUACAUUCGCUCCAAACCCUUCAGAUCGUCGUCAUCCUCGAGGUCUGGUUCAUUCGCCAUCAAAUGUAGUAACCCCGUUACGGAUAAUGGUAGCGCCGACCAGAACAACAAUGGCGGAGGAUUGAAGAAUUUGCUGUCAGGUAUAGUCGACGAACGGGUAAGCCAAUUGCUGAACAGCGAGGAAAAUAGAACUUUGUUAGAUGGAUUGGAUAAAGCUACACAGCGAGUUGAAUUGGCCAAGCGAGAACUUGCUCAGAUCGAAAAACAGGAAAUAGAAAACCAGAAGAUAAAAGAAUACAUCAAUCAACUCGAAUCCAGAGCUUCCGAGAUUGAGGAAUGCCAGAAGGAGUUAUCAGAAGCAAGAGCACUGGUUGAAGAAGCAGAACGCUCACUUGAAGGUGAAGUCGGAGAUAAAAAUUCGAUGAUGACAGAAACAGAAAGAGAAGCGAUGUACAAAAACAAAGAGAGAUUUGAAUCUGUAAAAGCUGCUUCUAUCUCCGCCAUAGUCGGCACCUUGGCAGGCUUGCCUAUUUCCUUAUCUCAGGCGACCGACGCAUCACAGUUAAUCCUUCCGUCAGUUAUCACUCUCAUCAGCUGUGCGUUAUUUGGUGUUACUUUCCGCUAUGCUGUUCGUCGUGACCUAGACAAUUUUCAGCUCAAAUCUGGAACGUCUGCAGCUUUUGGCUUUGUCAAAGGUCUUGCUACACUAGCAGGAGGACCACCAAUGGAGUUGGAAGCUGGUAGCAUAUUGUUGCAUACUUUCAGUGGUGCUGUUUUUGUAUCAGAAAAUCUUCUAAUCUUUCUCUUUGCUGGCGUUGAGAAACUUGAAGACAUGAAGGAGACAGGUGAGAUUGAAAAAGAAAGAGAGGAGGUGGGACAAGAGAAGAAAGAUGAUGAUUAUGAUCAUCAUCUUCAAGCUUCAAAAAGACUGCAACCAUGGACAAAACAGAUCACAAUUCGUGGAGUUAUCGCGAGUGUUAUUUUGGGAUGCAUUUACACUGUUAUAGCCAUGAAACUAAAUCUCACAACUGGUUUGAUUCCUAAUCUUAAUGUCUCAGCUGCACUUCUUGCUUUUGUGUACAUGAAAACAUGGACAAAAGUACUUCAAAAAUUAGGGAUUCCCUUCGUUCCCUUUACAAGACAUGAAAACACAAUGAUCCAGACAUGUUCAGUUGCUUGUUACAGCAUUGCCAUUGGAGGUGGAUUUGGAUCUUUCUUAUUUGCUUUGAACAAGAAAACAUAUGAGCUGGCAGGAGGAGCAAAUUCUCCAGGGACUUAUAAAGAACUUCAUGUUGGUUGGAUGACUGGCUAUUCUUUCUUGAUCUGUUUUGCGGGUCUUUUUGUACUGAUUCCACUCCGAAAGAUCUUGAUUAUUGAUUAUAAGUUGAUAUUCCCAAGUGGGAUGGCUACAGCUGUUCUUAUCAAUGGAUUUCAUAGUCAAGGAGAUGACAUGGCAAAGAAGCAAAUCAAUGGAUUUGCUAAGUACUUUUCAGUCAGUUUCUUGUGGGCAAUCUUUCAAUGGUUUUUCACUGGAAAAGGAGGAUGUGGAUUUGCCCACUUCCCUACUUUUGGACUAGAAGCUUAUAAGAAAACAUUUUACUUCGAUUUCAGCAUGACAUAUGUGGGAACCGGGAUGAUUUGCCCUCAUAUUGUGAGUUUUUCUUUGCUGUUUGGAGCUGUGAUUUCAUGGGGUAUAAUGUGGCCACUUAUUGAAAACCAAAAAGGAGAAUGGUUUCCUAAUAAUGUUCCAGAAAGUAGUAUGGAAAGUCUGAAUGGUUACAAGGUCUUUAUCUCAAUUGCUCUUCUCCUUGGUGAUGGACUCUAUAACUUCACCAAGAUUCUAUAUUUCACAUAUGCAAGUAUCUACGGAAGAUUGAAAAGGGAAAAUCUUGGUUUAGCUGUAGGUAGCGAGAAGGAAGUUACAGAAGCCGAACGAUUACAAAACGAAGUGUUCGUCAAAGAAGCCAUACCAAUGUGGUUUGCAGUGAUCGGAUACACUUCAUUCUCCAUUAUCAAUGCAUUUGUAGUUCCCUUAAUAUUUCCCGAGGUCAAAUGCAAAAUCGGGCUUUUCAUGAUGGCGGCAUUGGCCGGAAAACACCACGGAGUGGUGGCGGGACUGGUGGGGUGUGGUGUUACGAAGGCGGUUCUUUUUGUUUCUAGUACGUUGAUGCACGACUUGAAAACCGGUCAUGUGACAUUGACUUCACCUAGAACAAUGCUUUUAAGCCAAACGAUUGGGACAGCUAUAGGGUGUGUUGUGUCGCCUUUAACUCUUUCUUUAUUUACUAAAGCAUUUGAUGUGGGAAACCCUAAUGGAGAAUACAAAGCACCAUUCGCGAUAGUUUUUAGAAACAUGGCGAUUAUUGGUGUUCAAGGCUUUUCGGCUUUACCUAAACAUUGUUUGGAUUUAUGUUAUGGGUUUUUUGCUUUUUCUGUGGGGGUUAAUAUUGUGAAAGAUUUGUUGCCUAAAAAGAUAGGGAAGUGGAUGCCAUUGCCUAUAUGUAUGGCUGUGCCUUUUUUGGUGGGUGGGUAUUUUAGUAUUGAUAUGUGUGUUGGAAGCUUGGUGGUGUUGGUAUGGCAGAAGGUGAAUGUUAAAAAGGCUGAUUUGAUGUCUACUUCUGUGGCUUCUGGGUUGAUUUGUGGUGAAGGUUUGUGGAUUCUUCCAGCUGCGGUUCUUUCUUUGGCUAAAAUUAAACCACCUAUUUGUAUGAAGUUCUUGAGUUCUUGA